AUGAUCUCUCCAUUAAGGAACGGCGUUCAAAGAAUAGUGUUGAGAAGAAAAAUGUCCAGCUCUAUAAAGCAUUAUGACUACUUGGUCAUAGGGGGUGGCUCCGGUGGUGUGGCCUCAUCUAGAAGAGCUGCAUCUUAUGGUGCUAAGACUUUGUUGAUUGAAAGUAAAGCUCUCGGUGGUACCUGCGUCAAUGUGGGCUGUGUUCCUAAGAAAGUUAUGUGGUAUGCCUCUGAUUUAGCUACUCGAAUUACACAUGCACACGAAUAUGGCCUGUUCGAAGAUUUACCCUUGACUAAAGAGAACCUUAAAUUUGAUUGGAGUGCUUUUAAGAAGAAGAGAGAUGCCUAUAUUCAUAGAUUAAACGGGAUUUAUGCCACUAAUUUGGCAAAGGAAGGUGUUGAUGUUGUAUUUGGUUUGGCUCAAUUCAAUAAAGAGGGAAAGGUGGAAGUUCAAACUCAUGACAACAAGACAGAAACCUAUACAGCAGAUCAUAUUUUAGUUGCUACUGGAGGAACCCCUGUUGUACCUGAUUCAAUUCCAGGUUACGAAUAUGGUACUGACUCCGACGGGUUUUUCCACCUUGAAGAGCAACCAAAGAAGGUCGCAGUUGUGGGAGCAGGUUACAUCGGUAUCGAAUUUGCUGGUGUCUUCCAUGGUUUAGGUUCUGAGACUCAUUUGGUCAUUAGAGGUGAAACUGUGCUUAGAAAAUUUGACACGUCUAUCCAGGAAACUAUCACGGAACAUUAUGUCAAUGAAGGUAUAAACGUCCACAAGCUAUCUAAGGUAGCAAAAGUUGACAAGAAUGAAACCAGCGGAAAAUUGACUAUUCAUCUUGAUACCAAAGACGUUAUCGAAGAUGUCGAUACCUUGAUCUGGACCGUUGGACGUAAAUCCUUGUCAGGCAUUGGUCUAGAGCAUGUUAACGUGAAAUUAAAUGAUCGCGAGCAAAUUGUUGUUGAUGAGUACCAAAAUUCUUCUGCCAAGGGUAUCUACUCUCUUGGUGACGUUGUUGGUAAGGUUGAGUUAACCCCAGUUGCCAUUGCCGCUGGUAGAAAAUUGGCAAACAGAUUGUUUGGGCCUGAAUCAUAUAGCAAGGACAAGCUUGAUUACACCAAUGUUCCUAGCGUGAUUUUCUCACAUCCAGAAGCCGGUUCAAUUGGUCUCUCAGAGAAGGAAGCCAUUGAAAAAUAUGGAAAGGAAAACAUAAAGGUUUACAAUUCCAAGUUUACAGCAAUGUAUUAUGCGAUGUUGAAAGAGAAAUCUCCAACCAGAUACAAAUUGGUUUGUGCUGGCCUAAAUGAAAAAGUGGUGGGUUUACACAUUGUAGGUGACUCUUCUGCAGAGAUUCUCCAAGGUUUCGGUGUUGCCAUCAAGAUGGGUGCGACAAAGUCAGAUUUCGAUAACUGUGUUGCAAUUCAUCCAACCAGUGCCGAAGAAAUUGUCACAAUGAGAUAA